UCACCACCAUCGUCUCGGCAUCAAAGACCCUCUUUCUUCUUCUUCCAAAUUCUGUUCUUGUAAUUUUGUUACAAUCCAACCAUGGAUUCCACUAGCAAUUCUAUGAGACCCUCUUCUUCUUCUUCUUCUUCUUCUUCUUCUUCUUCUUCUAAUUCUAAAUGGAGGUACGAUGUGUUCUUGAGUUUCAGAGGCGAAGAUACCCGCGACAGCUUUACUUCUCAUCUCUACUCGGCUUUGGAUCGUGGCAUCAUUAAAACCUUUAGAGACGAUAAAGAACUUCGAAAGGGAGGAGAGAUUGCACCCGAACUCUUAAAAGCUAUUGAAGAAUCAAGGAUAGCCAUUCUUGUCUUCUCGAAAACCUAUGCUCAUUCCAAGUGGUGUUUGCUGGAGUGCCAGGAAGAAAAGGGACGAAAAGUUUUUCCUAUCUUCUAUCAUGUAGAGCCGUCUGAAGUAAGGAAACAGACUGGGAUUUAUGGAGAAGCAUUUAACAAUCACGAGAGCAAUGCAGACGAGGAGAAGAAGAAGAAGAUAGAGAAGUGGAGGACUGCCUUAUGGAAAGUCGGUAAUUUGAGUGGAUUUCCUCUGCAGGAUGGGGGACAAAAAACAUUGAGGGGAUAUUUCUAA